AUAAAUAAUUGAAGCCUUCUAAGGUUACACUUUAGAUCUUGGGUAUAAGACCAAGAUUUACCCACGCGUUAAAUGCACGUUUGAAUGUCCUUUAUAUAGUCUGCACAUGUCUUGUAUACAUCCGUUUCACUAAACCAGUUGAUGCACAGUCAGAAAGAAAUUAAUAUCACCAUGCACGUCCAGUGGUCCCACCACAGGACUUGGUUCGGUUAUCUCUUGUCACAUAGCGAAGGGCUCCCUCUAGCGGCUGUAGAAUACAAAGGGGCUUACUGUAAUCGCUUUGGGUCCGGAAUCCCGGAUAGAGACUGACAAGUCUUCGACCAAUCACAUUGUAAUCAUUGCCUAUCUUCCUCGUUGCAUCACCCAAUAAGCAACACAUUUGGUCAUCUCAGAUUGAAUGGAGGUUAAUAAUUAUGCACAUGAAAAUAUUGCAAAAUUCCAUCAUCACCAAUCAUAUUCUCCAAACACAGUGUGACCAAUAGGCCAUGCAUUUAUGAAAUUCCAAAUGUGAAAUUCCAAAUUUCAGAUGGCAAUAUUGGGUGUUUCUAAAGCCAGAGAGGAGGGAUCAGCAUGGAUGUCCAAUAACAAGUGGCGAUAGUGAGCCAAGCAUCUGACCAGGGUUUAAAUGGUUCACAUCAAGCUAGACGACUGUUUUGUUUGACCAGACAGGUGCGGGACAUUAAUAGCGGCGGUUGUUUUAGCGCAGUUCAUUCCGAGGUAUUUGCGCCACAACCAUACAAGAAACAGUACAUCACACUACUUCCUAGUUGAAUGUACACAACCCAAAAACUGAAAUAGGGCCCCAUUAUACGGAGCUGCUGUAUUACUACAACACCUCCCACCACCGAAACGUCACCUAACCUCAGAAAGUUACGCACAGGGAGCCACUGGGUCUCACUAGCUCCUGCCUGACAUUCCUUUGAGAUACUGGGUCGGACAUUAAAUCCUUACCUUGUCACUGAGAGAAGGAAAGAUGCUGCAUCAGGUGGGUGGUGUGCGUGUGGCUCUGGGGCUGCUCCUGGUGAGGAGGACCAGUUGCCUGUCCCGCUCGGCCCACACCUCCCCGCAGGCCCGCGAGUACAAGCCCAUCAAGAAGGUCAUGGUGGCCAACAGAGGUGAGAUUGCCAUCCGGGUGUUCCGGGCGUGUACAGAGCUGGGCAUCCGCACGGUGGCAGUGUACUCAGAGCAGGAUACGGGCCAGAUGCACCGGCAGAAGGCGGAUGAGGCCUACCUCAUCGGCAAGGGCCUGCCCCCCGUCGCUGCUUACCUGCACAUCCCAGAUAUCAUCAAGGUGGCCAAGGAGAAUAACGUAGACGCCAUCCACCCGGGCUAUGGCUUCCUGUCGGAGCGUUCUGAUUUUGCCCAGGCAUGUACCGACGCCGGUGUGCGCUUCAUAGGCCCCUCCCCCGAGAUUGUACGCAAGAUGGGCGACAAAGUUGAGGCUCGAGCCAUUGCCAUCCGCGCAGGCGUGCCGGUGGUGCCGGGUACGGACGCCCCCAUCUCCUCCAUGCAGGAGGCCAAGGAGUUCUCCAACACCUACGGCUUCCCCAUCAUCUUCAAGGCGGCCUAUGGAGGAGGGGGCAGGGGCAUGAGGGUGGUGCGCGAGUACGAGGAGCUGGAAGAGAACUACCAGCGGGCGUACUCCGAGGCCCUGGCAGCGUUCGGGAACGGCGCUCUGUUCGUGGAGAAAUUCAUCGAGAAGCCGCGCCACAUCGAGGUCCAGAUCCUGGGUGAUAAGUAUGGUAACGUGAUCCACCUGUAUGAGAGGGACUGCUCCAUCCAGCGGCGACAUCAGAAGGUGGUGGAGAUCGCUCCGGCUGUGCAGCUGGACCCCCACCUACGGGACCGCCUCACCGCAGACUCGGUCAACCUCGCCAAAACGGUUGGCUAUGAGAACGCGGGCACGGUAGAGUUCCUGGUGGACAAGCACGGCAAGCACUACUUCAUCGAGGUCAACUCCCGCCUACAGGUGGAACACACCGUCACCGAGCAGAUCACAGAUGUGGACCUGGUGCAUGCCCAGCUGCGUGUGUGUGAGGGCCUGAGUCUGCCGGAGCUGGGCCUGAAGCAGGACAAGAUUCGCAUCAAUGGCUCGGCCAUCCAGUGCAGAGUCACCACAGAGGACCCGGCCCGCGGCUUCCAGCCCGACACCGGACGCCUGGAGGUGUUCCGCAGUGGCGAGGGCAUGGGGAUCCGUCUGGACAGUGCGUCUGCGUUCCAGGGCGCGGUCAUCUCUCCCCACUACGACUCCCUGCUGGUGAAGGUGAUCGCCAGCGGCAAGGACCUGCCCACCGCCGGCGCCAAGAUGAGCCGCGCCCUCGCAGAGUUCCGCGUCCGCGGCGUCAAGACCAACAUUCCAUUCCUCCAGAACGUCUUGAGCAACGAUCAGUUCCUGUACGGAACCGUGGACACGCAGUUCAUCGAUGAGAACCCGGAACUCUUUAACCUCAGACCCGUGCAGAACCGUGCUCAGAAACUGCUGCACUAUCUUGGUCAUGUGAUGGUGAACGGCCCCACCACCCCCAUACCCGUCAAGGCCAAGCCUUCCUCCAUCGACCCAGUCAUCCCCCAGGUGCCAAUGGGUGAGCCCCCGGUGGGUUUCCGCGACGUGCUGCUGAGGGAGGGUCCGGAGGGCUUUGCCAAGGCGGUGCGCGCCCACCCCGGCCUCCUGCUGAUGGACACCACCUUCAGAGACGCCCACCAGUCGCUACUGGCAACCCGCGUACGCACACACGACCUCAAGCACAUCGCACCCUUCGUAUCGCACAACUUCAACAACCUCUUCAGCCUGGAGAACUGGGGAGGCGCCACAUUUGACGUGGCGAUGCGUUUCCUGUGCGAGUGUCCGUGGAAGCGUCUGCAGGAGCUGAGGGCUCUGGUGCCCAACGUGCCCUUCCAGAUGCUGCUGAGAGGUGCCAACGGCGUGGGCUACACCAACUACCCAGACAACGCUAUCUACAAGUUCUGCGAGGUGGCCAAGGAGAACGGCAUGGACAUCUUCCGCGUCUUCGACUCGCUCAACUACCUUCCCAACAUGCUCCUGGGCAUGGAGGCGGCGGGGGCGGCCGGCGGGGUGGUGGAGGCGGCCAUCUCCUACACGGGCGACGUGGCCGACCCCAUGAGGCAGAAGUAUUCUCUGGACUACUACCUGAAGCUGGCCGACGAACUGGUCAAGGCCGGCACGCACAUCCUCUGCAUCAAGGACAUGGCGGGCCUGUUGAAGCCGGAGGGGAGCCGCAUCCUGAUUAGUGCGCUGCGCGACCGCUUCCCCGACAUGCCCAUCCACGUGCACACGCACGACACGGCGGGCGCGGGCGUGGCCGCCAUGCUGGCGUGCGCGGAGGCCGGCGCGGACAUCGUGGACGUGGCCGUGGACUCCAUGUCCGGCAUGACCUCACAGCCCAGCAUGGGCGCCCUGGUGGCCUGCACCAACGGCACCAAGCUCAGCACCGGCCUGUCUCUGGAUAAAGUCUUCGACUACAGCGAGUACUGGGAGGUGACCCGAGGCCUGUACGCCUGCUUCGACUGCACGGCCACCAUGAAGUCGGGCAACUCGGACGUGUACGAGAACGAGAUCCCAGGAGGCCAGUACACCAACCUGCACUUCCAGGCCCACAGCAUGGGGCUGGGCAACAAGUUCAAGGAGGUCAAGAAGGCCUACGCCGAGGCCAACAAGCUCCUGGGGGACCUCAUCAAGGUGACGCCAUCGUCUAAGAUCGUGGGUGACCUGGCCCAGUUCAUGGUGCAGAACUCGCUGACGCGUGCCGAGGUGGAGGAGCGCGCUGACGAGCUGUCCUUCCCCCUCUCUGUGGUGGAGUUCCUGCAGGGGGCUAUCGGCAUCCCCCACGGAGGCUUCCCCGAGCCCUUCAGGUCAAAGGUCCUGAAGAGCAUGCCGCGUGUGGAGGGUCGCCCCGGCGCCUCUCUGCCCGCCAUGGACUUCUCGGCGUUGGAGAAGCAGCUGCGCGAGGUGCACGGCGAAGACAUCACGCCCGAGGACGUCAUGUCUGCCGCCAUGUACCCCAAGGUCUUCCAGGAGUUCCGCGAGUUCACCAGUAACUUCGGGCCCGUGGACUGCCUCAACACCCGCCUCUUCCUCGACGGACCCAAGAUCGCAGAGGAGUUUGAGGUGGAGCUGGAGAGGGGAAAGACGCUGCACAUUAAGGCGUUGGCUCUGGGGGACCUGAACAAGGCGGGCCAGAGGGAAGUCUUCUUCGAGCUCAACGGACAGCUGCGCUCCGUGCUGGUCCGCGAUACGGUGGCCAUGAAGGAGAUGCACUUCCACCCCAAGGCCCUGAAGGACGUGCGCGGCCAGGUGGGCGCCCCGAUGCCGGGCAAGGUGGUGGAGGUGAAGGUGAAGCAGGGCGAGACGGUGGAGAAGGGCCAGCCGCUCUGCGUGCUGAGCGCCAUGAAGAUGGAGACCGUGGUCAACUCGCCCAUCGCCGGCACCAUCGCCAAGGUCUACGUCAACGCAGACUCCAGUCUGGAGGGAGACGACCUGAUCAUGGAGAUCACCGAGUAGAGAGGAGGACGUG